GUUGUGGAUUCAAGCAAAGCAGAUUCUUCAGAGAAAGUAAUUGUAUCAUUUUUUAGACUUAUCCUGACAAGUAAUCAUUAGCAAACGUUCUAGUCGCCUUCUGACAUCACUUGCUGUCAACCACGUCGACAGCUUCUGCGAAUCACUCGCUAUUGGCCGCUCCGUGCAGAUCGCUGCUAUAUCUACAACAUUCCUAAGGUUAAUAUUCGCUGCGAUAACGGAGCGAUUCGACGCGCUUUUUGCCAUCAUGCGACAACCACAACUGUCCACAGUUGAUGCAGAUAAGUGUAAACAGGUAGUCCAUCAGCUGGUAGCUCUAAAAGACUCCAGAGAUCGCAUAGGCGAACCAAAUAUUUCAUCUCAACUGUUGAAAGAUGGAAGCUCCAGGGAAGAGCAAUUGAAAAUAAUCUAUUUGGAAAUGGUCAGACAUCUGGCAAAUUAUAUGAACCAUUCUGAAAAACAUUCCGAGCGUUCCGUGAAAAUGUCCACAGCCGAUGUGACUGUAGUUGAUCGCAGUCGAAUGAAACGACAAGAAGCGUCUAGUUCCAAUUUUGCUGUUGCAUCUGCGUCCGCAAUGUCAUCGGCUGCAAGCGAAGUGCGAAAUUUGAGCAGAAGCAAUUCUCCACUGCCUAAGAAACCUCGAAAAUCGAUUUACCUCUGGAAGCCAAACGGUGUGUGGAAAACAUAA